AUGAUGACGAUGAUAAAAAAAUGAUGGAUCGAUCGAUCGAUUGAUUGAUUGAUUGAUUGAUUAAUUGUGCAUUAUUCAACAGAGAGUCAUGCAUAUGCAAUUUGUUAUUAAAGGAAAGAUAAAUACUACGGCCUUAGACCUAGUCGUGUGUAUAUAAAAGUAAACAAGGUGAGCCUCGAUCGAAAGAUAAUACAGAGUCCGGCAUCGUUAGACACAAAUUUUAUAUCGAAGAGAUUUAAAAAUGCAUCAAAAUAAAGUCAAUGCGUUAAAAACUGAAAAAUGUGCUCACAUUAAUACCCUUCCUAAUCUACCCUUCCUAACCUAGCCUGACUAACCUUAGAGAUUUAUCGAUAUAGAAAUUAUUUUGACCAACUAAUCGAUUAUAAGUAUAUCGACGUUUCUCGUAUCCCGCCCCGCCGUAUGCCGCAUGUACGAUCGAACAUAACCUUCAUAGAGAGAGAGAGAAUGUGUUUAUAUGAAUUAGUAUGAAAGAUUAUUUAGCAAAAGUAUUUAUAGAAUAAAUAUGGAAACGCAAAAUUGGAAAGAGUUGGAUGUUGCUUUGAGCAAGCCUGUAUUAGAAACCCUGGAAGAAUUGAAAUUUCAAACAAUGACUCCUGUUCAAGCAGCCUGUAUACCUCUCCUUUUAAAAGGAAAAGAUGUUGCCGCAGAAGCAGUAACGGGCAGUGGCAAGACUCUUGCUUUUCUUAUUCCUCUAUUGGAAAUAUUACAAAGACGAGCGGACAAAUGGAAAAGUACAGAAAUAGGAGCUGUAAUAAUAACACCGACCAGAGAAUUAGCUGUUCAAAUUAGCGAAGUAUUGGGCAACUUUUUAAAGAAACUGUCAUUAUUAAAACAAGUUAUACUUGUUGGUGGUACAACUAUUAACGAAGAUGUAGAAAAAUUAAAGGAUGGUGCCAAUAUUAUCAUAGCAACUCCUGGUAGACUGGAAGAUAUGCUUUCUAAUUGUAAAAGUAUCAAUUUAACUAAGCGCUUCAAAUCUUUGGAAAUAUUAGUUUUAGAUGAAGCCGAUAGAUUACUCGACUUGGGUUUCUCUAAAACAUUAGACACCAUAUUAAGUUAUUUACCACGUUUAAGAAGAACAGGUCUAUUUUCUGCUACUCAAACUAAAGAAUUGCAACAAUUAAUCCGAGCGGGUUUAAGAAAUCCAGCUUUUGUUUCUGUCAAGGAGAAAGCUAAUAUAUCGACGCCUUCGAGCUUAACAAAUAAUUAUAUAGUGGUACAAGCUGAAAAUAAGUUAGCAACGAUGAUGAGUUUCAUUCAAGAAAAAGGAUCUCACUUGAAAUAUAUGAUUUUUCUAUCUACCUGUGCGUGCGUUGAUUAUUUCAGUCAUGUUAUACAAACAAUGUUGUCAAAAACACGAGUAUUAGCUUUGCAUGGUAAAAUGAAGAAAAAGAGAUACAAAAUAUUUGACGAGUUUCGUUCGAUGGAAGGUGGCAUUUUGAUAUGUACUGAUGUCAUGGCUAGAGGUAUUGAUAUAUUGGAAGUAGAUUGGGUAUUGCAAUAUGAUCCACCAUCCACGGCAAGUAACUUUGUUCAUAGAUGCGGAAGAACAGCUCGAAUAGGACAUCAAGGUAGCGCAUUACUUUUUCUAUUAAAGAAUGAAGAUGCGUAUGUAGAUUUUAUUAAAAGAAAUCAAAAGGUAGACGUGCAAGAAAUGAAAUUGCAAGUAUCCUCGGAUAUGGCGAGAAAGUGUUUACAAAUGAUGCGAAAUUUACAAUUGAAAGAUAGACAAAUAUUUGAUAAAGCGAAUAGGGCAUUCGUAUCAUACGUGCAAGCAUAUAAUAAACACGAAUGUAGUUUAAUAUUAAGAUUAAAAGAUAUUGACUUGGGAAGCCUUGCCAUAGGUUUUGGUUUAUUAAAAAUGCCACGAAUGCCUGAAUUGAAAGGACGUGAUAUAUCAUCAUUUGUUGCUCCUGAAAUUGACUUCAAUUCGAUUACAUAUUUGAAUAAGGAAAAGGAACGAAUCAGAUUAGAAAAAUUAAAUGAGUUUCGUAAUACGGGUACUUGGCCCGGAAAAAUUAAACGUAAAUUUAAACAAACAGAAUCUUGGACUGAAACGAAAAAGAAAAAAUUAGAAAAACAAGAAAAACGCCAGAGGCGAAAAGAAAAGAAACAAGUUCUGCAAGAAAAAGGUAUUGAUCAAGUCAAAAAGAAAAAAAGGUCUAUUAGUGCAGAAGACUUGGAAGAAUUAGCAAAAGAUGUAGCACUGAUCAAGAAAUUUAAAAGGAAAAAGAUAACUAAAGAAGAAUUUGAGGCAGAAUUUGGUGUUAGUUAACGCAACGUAUAAACAAAUCUAGAUGUAAGUGAUACUACUUUAGGAAAAAUGUUGUAUAAAAAAGAAAACAAAAGAAUAAAUUUUGUUAAGGAAGAAGUUUAAUCAUUUAACAAUAAUAUAUGUAUAUUGGGAAAUGUGUAUUUGAUUACCGACUGUAAAAUAUGUGCUGCCAUCUAGCAAUAAUAACUGUUACUUUAUUUUA